GUGUGUUUCAUGUUUCAUUCUGAACGUCGCCAUUUUAAACUUUUUUGACAUUUCCAGGCAACUUCAUUUGAACACACAUUCCUAUCUUUCUUUUCAUUCUCUUUCUGGUGCAAAAUGCCUUUCGAAAGAUACGUUGAAACUGGACGUGUUGCUAAAGCAACUUCCGGCCCAUUGCGUGGCAAACUCCUCACAAUCGUCGAUAUCAUCGAUCAAACUCGAGUGCUUGUCGAUGGUCCAGAAACCGGUGUUACACGUCAAGCAUACCGCUUGAACAAUUUGCAAUUGACAAAAUUCGCCGUCAAAUUCCCAUACCAUGCACCAACUCGUGUCGUCCGUAAAGCCUGGAAAAACGCUGAUAUCAAGGCCAAAUGGGAAGCCAGCUCAUGGGCACAAAAAGCAAAGGACGUUAAGAAGCGCACCUCAUUGAAUGACUUCGAACGCUUCAAGUUGCGUUAUGCCAAGAAAGCACGUAACAAGCUUUUGACAGCCGCCUAUAACACUUUGAAGAAGAGAACUAAGGCCGAUGGCACAGCAAGAACUUUGAAGAAAGACCGUAAAGUUCGUAUUGCAGCUGUCAAAGCCAAGAAGGGUGGCAAAAAAUAAAUCUUUGAAUAUUUAAUUCAAGUUCCGUUUUAAAUAAAAAGAUUGAUAAAAAUAAAAAAUUAAAACCCAAUUUCAUAAUUAAAAAAA